AUGUUGAGAACUUUAUACCAAGUUCGUCAAAAUCUUCCUCGUUACAUCCAACGGUCAUUCGACACGAGAAUUGCCGAAUUCCAAGUCUUGAGUUAUGGAUAUGACGAAGAUGAAUACGUUGACGAGUUCGGAGACAACCGUACAAAAUGGUUUGAAUGUUAUACGACAACACAAUUUGAAUUCGACUUUCUCGAAUUCAACGCAGCAACCAUUCAUAUCAUUGCUCUUUACCUUUCCGAACAACAACAAGACCUCGCAGAUGGAGAUGUUGUUACUGUCGUCAUGAAAACUCCUGAACAAUUCGGAAAAAGAAGUCUCUAA